UCCAAUCCCUAAUUCUUCAUCUAUUUCCUUGGUUUUAAGCUCCCUAAUUUCCUCUCUCCCCUUCUGCUCCGCCUCUCUCUCUCUCUCUCUCUCUCUGCCAACGUCUCAUUGAUACUUCUUUGGGGGAGAAUUUCCUUGGAUCCUUCUUGAAUUCUUCAUAUCAUCUGUUAUUCGGAUCAGAGAGAAUGGCGGCCAUCAACCGACACACUGACAACACGACGCCGGCUAACGCUGUUGUUUCUCCAGCGAAGAAAUCCUUGCCGCCGGCCAAAACCGCGGAUUCUCAGUCCGUUCUCAAAAGGUUGCAGUCUGAGUUAAUGGCUUUAAUGAUGAGCGGAGACUCUGGGAUCUCAGCCUUUCCUGAGGAAGAUAACAUAUUCUGCUGGAAAGGAACAAUAACUGGAAGCAAAGACACAGUGUUUGAAGGAACAGAGUACAGGCUAUCCUUUUCCUUCCCUAAUGAUUACCCUUUUAAGCCUCCAAAGGUGAAGUUCGAGACUGGCUGCUUUCACCCAAAUGUGGACAUUUAUGGCAACAUUUGCUUGGACAUACUUCAGGAUAAAUGGUCAUCAGCAUAUGAUGUGAGAACCAUACUUCUAUCCAUCCAGAGUCUGCUUGGAGAACCAAACAUAAGUUCACCCCUGAACACCCAGGCAGCCCAAUUGUGGAGCAAUCAAGAAGAAUAUCGGAAAAUGGUGGAGAAAUUGUACAAGCCUCCAACAGCAGCUUAGGAACAAAACUAGGAUUUGUGUGUCUCACUCUUUUUGCGCUAGAGAGGAGGAGAUUCCCAAAUUAUUUUUUUUUCUCUUUCCUUCAGUAUGGUCUACUUUAUUACUCCCAGGAUGUUAGAGAUAUAUGCUGCCUCCUGUUAUAUGUGGAAAUUUCAAGUCAUGAGCUUAUAUAUAUAUAUAUAUCUUUGUUUGUUCUCAUUU